GGAGGAAGCUGCAGCAUGGGCGUUUUUGAAUAGUACACGUGAUCUACCACCGAACAAUCAACAUGGAGGUGCAUCUUCAUCUUCUUCGUCUAAACAAGGACCUUCUAGAAAUAAGGGUAGUUCAAAGAAGGGCGGAGGCAAAAAUAAGGGAGGUGGAAGCUUUUACUCGGGAGCACCGCCUCCACCUUCUUCAGCACGCAGUAAUUUAAGGGUUCUUUCCGAAUUGCAUUCCUCACUACCAUCCCGGGCCCGUUUUCUAUUUGAAAAAGAAGCCAGGGAUGUUCUCAGGAAUGGAAUUCCUUAACCUCUAAGUAAUAACAGUUCCACC